AUGGGUCUCUCCGAAUUUUUCUCUGACGUCGUCUCCUCCUUCGGUUUCACCGAGGCCCAGGCUGAGGCUCCCGCCCAAGACACCGAAACCGAGACCACCCAGGAAGAGCCCACCGAGAAGGAAGAGUCCGCUUCCGCCUCGAGCGAGUCCACCGAGGAGGCCGACACCGAAGAGGAGCCUUCCGAGGAGGCUGAGGAGGGUGAGGCCGAGGAGGAAGAAGAGGAAGAAGAGGAGGAAGAAGAUGAAGAGCCCGAGGACAUCAAGCCCAAGCUCGAGGAUGAGUGCGCCCACUCCGCCGUCUGCGCUCCCUACAAGCACCACUACGACGAGUGCGUUGAGCGCGUCACCCGCCAGGAGGAGGAUGAGGACUACAAGGGCCCCAAGGAGGACUGCGUCGAGGAGUUCUUCCACCUCACUCACUGCGUCACUGCCUGCGCUGCUCCUAAGCUCUGGAAGGAGCUGAAGUAA